AUGUUCAAGCAAACUGCCCAACGACUUUAUAAGUUGAUUGGUAAAACCAGACUCGAAGAUCUGCCCGUUUCAUGGCAAGGCCCUAUUGAUCAAGUUCUACAGCAGCAGGAAAAAGCGGUAAGUAUCGUGUUUCCUCUUCCCUUGACCGCUCUCUAUCACAGAGCUGAUCAGUGCAUUGCAGAGGCUCCAAGCCCCACCCUUCGCACGACGAUCCGAGCGACCCAGAAGAAGUGA